AGAGCGGCGAAGCUAUCGUUAUCGAAGAGCAGCGUCGUUAACUUUUCUUAAUUUGUAUUUUCCGGCUGAAUUUAUUUCUCAAAAGACUGCUACACAAUGUCCGGUUUGGAGUCGUACAUCAACCACACAGUGUCCAUCAUCACGGCGGACGGACGAAACUUUAUUGGGACACUAAAAGGCUUCGACCAGACCAUAAACAUCAUCAUCGACGAGUGCCAUGAGCGCGUCUUCUCCACGACGUCCGGAAUCGAACAGAUCGUCCUGGGGCUCCACAUCAUCCGCGGCGACAAUAUUGCGGUGAUCGGAUUGAUAGACGAGACCAUCGACUCCCGCCUGGAUCUGGCCAACAUCCGGGGCGAGCCCCUGGGACCCGUAGUGCACUAGGAUAACGAAUAAAACCAGAGACUCUCAGACUUAA